CAAUCACGUCGCGCUAUAGUACAACCCUCGCGGGGUCGCCUCGCAACCGCGAUUUACUUGUUUAUUGUCACGAAAAAACUGUUAUUAUUGUCUCGAUAAACGCCGAACGAUUAAAUUGUGAGCAGAACGAGGUUUCCUGCCAGUCAGAAUUCACUUUUAUGUGCUGAUAGACCGGUUCACAUCUUUAUUGACUGUCUGUUUGUGACAGACGAAGUAACUAGAGGUGCUGGCUUGCUAGUCGGCGAGCCAGUGUGAAGACAGAUCCAAGUGAUCGGACUAUAUAUAUAUAUAUUGAUCAUAUAUUGAGGCUGAACUUCACGAAUCUUCUCUGAACCGACUCCGAAGGAAAGAACUGUUUUAUUAAACACUCGUCAUGUUAAACUGAACCGUGUCGGUUCGGAUUCGUUAUCCGGUUAGCAGACUUUGACAUCCACUGAACGUAUUGACGUUUAAUAACGACGGCUGGUUCAUUUUGAUCUGGUUGUUUUGGAGAAAAUGGGUGCAGUUCUUAGUCGAAGAAUCGCAGGUGUUGAGGAUAUCGACAUCCAGGCCAAUUCUGCCUACAGAUAUCCUCCCAAAUCAGGAAACUAUUUUGCCAGCCACUUUUUCAUGGGAGGAGAGAAGUUUGACACUCCUCAUCCAGAGGGUUACCUCUUUGGGGAGAACAUGGAUCUCAACUUUCUUGGCAACCGCCCAGUGCAGUUUCCCUAUGUCACCCCAGCACCCCAUGAGCCAGUCAAGACUUUAAGAAGUCUUGUCAACAUCAGAAAAGACUCCUUACGAUUGGUCAGGUAUAAAGAUGAUGCUGAUACUCCUACUGAUGAAGGAGUAAAACCAAGGGCCUUAUAUGGAGUAGAGUUCACCUUUGAUUCAGAUGCUCGAGUGGCCAUCGCUAUUUACUGUCAGGCUUUUGAGGAGUUUUCUAAUGGGAUGGCAAUAUACAGCCCAAAAAGCCCUGCAUUGGUCUCUGAGAUCGUAUAUUACAAACGAGGUGUUAGCCAGCAGUUUACCCUGCCAUCCUUCAAGAUUGAUUUCUCUGAAUGGAAGGAAGAGGACCUCAGCUUUGAUUUGGACAGGGGAGUUUUUCCCAUGGUGAUUCAGGCUGUAGUUGAUGAAGGGGAUGAUUGUUUGGGACAUGCACAUGUACUGCUGGCAGCAUUUGAAAGACAUGUUGAUGGCAGUUUUUCAGUGAAGCCUUUAAAGCAGAAACAAAUAGUGGAUCGUGUUAGCUACUUGUUACAGGAGAUUUAUGGAAUUGAGAACAAGAACAAUCAAGAGACUAAGCCAUCUGAUGAUGAAAACAGUGACAACAGCAACGAGUGUGUAGUGUGUCUGUCGGAUCUACGGGACACUCUGAUUUUGCCCUGUAGGCACUUGUGUCUGUGUAACUCAUGUGCUGAUACGCUACGCUACCAGGCCAACAAUUGCCCGAUCUGCCGACUGCCAUUUCGAGCCCUUCUUCAGAUCCGAGCAGUGAGAAGGAAGCCUGGAGCACUUUCCCCCGUUUCCUUCAGUCCAGUGCUGGCUCAGAGCAUGGACCAUGAUGAGCAUUCAAGCUCUGACUCAGUUCCUUCUGGCUUUGAGCCCAUCUCCCUCCUAGAGGCUUUGAAUGGGCUUGGUGCCGUGUCCCCUGGCAUUCCAUCUGCACCUCUUUAUGAUGAGAUCAACUUUUCUGGUAGCCUGAGUGGAGAGAGCAGGCAGCUUAGUUCACCUGAGCACUCUGGAGACAGUGCUGGACAGAAGAGCAAAGUCAUCAAGUCACCGGACUGCACUCUGCGGUCUCCAUCAUAUCCCAUUCAGGAGGAGGAUGAAGAAAAGCUGCCAGAAAUGUCUGACGCACAAGCUCACAUGCUGUUGUCCAGCAGCCCUGCUCCCACUGAGGGCACUGCUGGGGAGGACGCCCCAGACUCACUUUCUCCUGAAGAUGAGGAUCGACUGAAUUUGGAGGAAGAGGUCAUGAAUGACUGUAGCAGUGAGCACAGCAGCUUCACCAAAACUGAAAGUGACCCACUGGGAGACAUGUCUCUGCCUGCUCUAGGUCCUGAUUCCUGCUCUAUUGGUAUGGAGGAGUAACUGAAUUAUCUGGCUCAACAGAAAGUCUAAACACUGAGAGUACAUGCUGCUCCAGUCAGCCACUCUUGGGUCCCUCAAGCCAUUUGCACAUGGAGGAUGAAGAACUGGAUGAUUAACCAUGCAGGCCCAACUCCUUCUCUGAAGCCUUUGUGAACACCACAACAUUAACCUCCCUUUAAUGUCCCUUCUUCCUUUUGUGUGAUACAAUCUCAUUCUAAUAUCCAACUUUGGACAAUUGAUUCCAAUUCCAGUCCUUUUAUUUUUACCUCAUCUUGAGACUUGUAACUGGCUUAUGAGUUAUGUUCUAGUGGGCUGUUGUAUUACUCUGCCUUCCUUGUGACUACUUUAGGGCUCAAUUUAAUCAAGUUGCCUACUUGAAGGGAUAGUUCACACAAAAAUGUAAAUACUGUCAUCAUUUAUUCUUCCUUGUGGCAUCCUAAACCUGUAUUCAGUUACGUUUUUCUGGGGAACACUAAAGAAGGAUUUGUAAAGAAUCUUCACAUGGAUCUUUUUCAUACAAUGACCGUUGGAAUGGCAGGCUCCGUAAAGGAAAGAAAAAAGCACUAUAAAAGCACCAUAAAAUAUUCCAUAAUAGUCCAUAUGACCUGUGUGCUAUGUUAAGCAGACCAAAAAAAGUCGGUAUUCCCUGACAAUGUUCAUCUCCGCUGCAGCUCUCAAAUCAAAUGUUGCAUAUGGCAACAUAACCUCACUGAGCACUUUAUUAGGAACAUUAUGGUCCUAAUAAAGUGCCUGACAUUGUCUUUUGCUGUUGUUGCCCAUCUGCCUCAAGGUUUGAUGUGUUGUGCAUUCAGAGAUGCUCUUCUAGUUACUACAAUUGUACAGAGCAGUUAUCUGAGUUACCAUAGUCUUUGUCAGCUCGAACCAGUCUUACCAUUCUCCAUUGACCUCUCUCAUCAACAAGGUGUUUACAUCUGCAGAACUGCUGCUCACUGGAUGUUUUUUGUUUUUGGCACCAUUCUGAGUAAACUCUAGAGACUGUUGUGUGUGAAAAUCCCAGGAGAUCAGCAGAUACAGAAAUACUCAAACCAGCCCAUCUGGCACCAACAAUCUUGCCACAGUCCAAAUCACUGAGAUCACAUUUUUUUCCCCCAUUCUGAUGGUUUAUGUGAACAUUAACAGAAGCUCCUGAUCCAUAUCUGCAUGAUUUUAUGCACUGCUGCCACACGAUUGACUGAUUAGAUAUAUUAGGUGUAUGUUGUUCUUUUUGGAUCUUAGCAGCCCGUGGUCACUUUUAUGGAAAAAAUGUGAACAUACUUUAAAAGAAAACUUGUUCCAUAGAAAGAAUGCCAGCAUACCAGUUUAAGUCACGAGUGUGAGUAAAUAAUGACAAAAUGUUCAUUUUUGGGUGAAAUGUUAAAGUGAGACAGCACAAAUGGGUUAGGGCAGGUCUAAUUCCUGUUGAUUUUUGUAUAAUUGUGAGCUGAUUUUUAACAGGAGGUUGGUGGUUGAGUUAAAAAAAAAAAAAAGUCACCUAAAUUUCUGAUUACAUAAUGCUGAAUAUUUAAAAACACGAUGUGAUAUAGCUGAAAUAACCUGUCAAGGUUAAUAGGCAAAGUACAUUUUACUGAAGUCUCAUGGUUAUACAUCAUUUCAGGAUAUCUGUAAGAUUAAACAUAAGUGGUGACUCUCAACAAUUGAUCGUGUUAAACUAAUAAGCAAAUAAUAUAAAAAUAUAAUUGUAAAGGUGCAUUUGAAAUGUUUUGUAGUUAAGUGCUUAAAUGUAUUAAACAUUUUUUGUGUGCUGACUGAAGAUGAAGAGAGUCUAUAUAAAUGAAUUAUUUGUAAUGUAAUAUUAAUAGUGAUCAAAUACUGUUGUACCAGGAAAUGGUUGACUUGACCAAAUAUUGUAUGGUCUAACAGUGCUUUAAAAAUGCUUGCUUGUCCAGCUAUUUAUGCUCUAAUAUUUUGAGGACUGUAAAAGCCAUGGUGGACUCUAUUUACCUUUAUUAUUAUUAUUAUUAUUAUUAUUGUUGUUGUUGCAUUUAUUGUAAUAUGAACUUCAGUGCUUCAGCAUAUUCCCUCAUGUGUCAGUUUGGAUGUUAUUCAAUAACUUAAGUGCGACAGGUUGGUUGUAUUUCAAGACGAAAGAACAGCUCAGUGGUACCCACUGCUGUUUUGACAAGUCAUAAGCACAAAAUCUCAUUGUUCUCUUCAAACAUGCAGACAUAGAGUGUCUUGUAGCAUUAUGCAUAGAGGUAUUUGUGCCUUUAAAGAACAAAGCAAGUGCUGCUACAGCUUGUGCCUAUAGCUGUGCUUUGUGUGUGUGUGUGUGUGUGUGUUCAUCGGACGUACAUCUUCAAAUCUGUAACCUGACCAUGUUUAAGCAUAAGUAAGAUUAAAGUUCUUGUUUGUAAAGUUCAAUUUGAAAAGCAAAUUAUUUAAGAAAUUAAGGAUCUUAUAUUGCUUAUACUGAACAUUAAUACUAAUAAACAUUUUUGUAAUACUUUAACAUGAUCUUUUAAAAAUCUUCAAUUUUUGUUUGUUAUAUCAGUAUUUCUUUUUCUUUUAAUACUGAUAGGCUGCUCUGUAAAUGUAUUCUAAACAAAUGUUAAAAAUAUUCUAUACUGUACUGAUAUUAAUGUUGUUGAAUUACUUGCUUUGCUAAGCUCUGCAUGAUAAAAAUGUAUUUAAAGUUUAUCACCACUCUGGAACAUGCAUAUCCUUUUAGCUCCCUCAGAAUGUGCCAUUUCUAUUAAAUAUUCCACUAUGCGGC